AAUGAUUCGUUAAAAUUGAAUCGCGUACGAGGGCGUGAUGACGUCAGAAGCGCGGGAAAUUUAGCGUCUGUCAGGUGACGGGAUGGAAAGGUACCAUGAGGUGAAGCAUCUGCUGAAGACCUGGGAGGCAGAGUUCAUGAAGGAGCACAAGAGGAAGCCCAGCAAGGUAGAUGUGGAGCAGUCGUCUGAUGAGAUGAGGGAUCUUUACAGAGAAUUCCGAAAACUGAAACAAGGAAAAGUGAGCUUGACAUCAGCUGUGUGUGUGACUGAGACCGUGCCCGGGUCUGUUACAGAGGAAACAAGCUCAUGGGGAAGCCAUCUUAACCGCGGCAGUGUGACUGCAACGUUGACCUCAAAUGAGCGGGACUCCCUUAAGGCAUCUGUUCAGUAUUUUGGAAUGAAGCUUAAGACCAACUUCGGAGGAACCUUGAAAGAUCGUCCAGUAUCCUUGAAGAAGUCCUCACUGCCCCGGACCCAUGUUAGUUUGACCACGGUCGAAGCCAAGAAGCCGAGUUCAUCUCCGUCUGAUGCUCCUCAGAUGGCCAUUGAUAAUUCUCUAGAAUCUCCUGAGGAAUUAGAAAAUCUCUCUCUAGGAUUUCAGUCGCACAAGCUUCGAUUAUCCUCCACUCUGCAAGAAAGUCCCAAGCCGAAGCUUCACCAGCUGCAAGCCAAAGUGGGCCAGCGACUGACCUCCUUAAAUCCAGACUGGCUGGAGAGGUGCGAGCAGAGACUGGGUAGAGAGCACUGCCAACUAUCAGACCGCGGAGACAGAAACAGGCAGAAGUCUGAACCCUGGGUGGACUCCAGGUCGCCACCAGAUCCUGGACCUUCGGACUACUCGCAUGUAAAACAAGCACAGAAGACUUUGUUGUCCGAUCAGACUGCAAAGAGAAGAUCUCCCGGUGAAUGUGGGAAUCGUGACCCAAACGGCAAAGUAGACUCUAAAGAGACAUCAAAAUGUGGUCCACAAUUCAGUUUAGCGAGAGGAGAAGAACGGCUUCCGCACGCAGAAGUAAUUAACCCAACUCCCGAGAGUGACCAGAGAGUGGAGGAAAUGGCCCAGGAGAGGAGCCACAAGAAACCAGGAGCCACAGAGGAGCCGACCAAAAAGAGCUACAUCCAAAAUGAGGAGCAAUCCAGACCCGAGCCUGCCGCAAUGGCCGUCUGUGGAGACCAGAAGGACAUGGGAUCGGAAGCCAUUGAAAGCAGCAAGUCUGAGAGCAAUGAUAGGACGUCUCAGGGAAAGAGGCAGAAGAGAGGGAAGAGGCUCAGAGACACCCCUACAGAGUCUGAGGAGCACACAAGUUACACAGAGACAAGCCGUAAGAGGCCAGCAAAGAAGGCCAAGACUGACGGAGAAGACUCAUGCGAGGAUCCCCCAAGGGUCCAUGACACAGAGAAUCUGCUGGGUGAUGUGAUGGACGAGGACAGGACAGUGCAGAGAGUCACCGGCAACUCUGCAAAGAGUCUCAGGGCACCCCAAAAACGUACCGGCAACUUUGUUCGGAUCAAUCUGAAGAAGAAGACUUAUGUGAAAGGGUUUGCACUGAAUGGGAAUAGGUUGAGAAAACAGAUGUGGAAGUCGAAGUGGCAGAAGAAGGGGGAGCAGUUUGGCGGUGGUGGGAGACCUAUGUCCCGUGGUGAUGACAUUUGCUUCCGUUGUGGACAGCCUGGGCAUUGGGCGUCCCAGUGUCCUGGGAAAGGGGUCGCUGUGCCGCCAACCCCCUUGGAGCCAGACGCCGUACUGGAAGAGGAGCUCGUGCUGCCGACCUUAGAGGAGGUGGCUCAGAUGACGAACACUCAGCUGAGACCAACCUGUGAGCGUUCCAGUGAUCCUCAAGAGCUCGGCCCGGCUUCUGAGGUCACCCUGGAUAUCGUGAAGCCAGUGUAUGAGUCCACUCCCCUUCCUCCAGCAAUGCUGCCUCUGUAUGAGCUGACAGCCUCUGGGAGAGUCCGUGAGACUCCGUCUGAGGUGUACGAUGCCCUCCGAGAGCUGGGAUAUCAGACGUUUCGUCCAGGACAAGAAGAGGCAAUUAUGAGGAUCUUGUCUGGCCUUUCCUCCCUGGUUGUCCUCUCCACUGGCAUGGGCAAGUCUCUGUGUUAUCAGCUGCCGGCAUACAUGUAUGCUAUGAGGUCUCCAUGUAUCACGCUGGUCAUAUCCCCACUGGUCUCUCUCAUGGAUGAUCAGGUCUCAGGUCUUCCAUCGAAACUCAAGGCUGUUUGUAUUCACUCCAAUAUGACCCGGGCUCAGCGUGAAACGGCGAUGGACAAGGUGAAGCAGGGAAAGGUGCAUGUUCUUCUGCUGUCUCCCGAAGCUUUAGUUGGAGGAGGCCGGGCGGGCACCAGCUGUUUGCCCUCAGCUGACCAGCUCCCUCCAGUGGCCUUUGCAUGUAUAGAUGAAGUUCAUUGUGUAUCUGAGUGGUCCCACAAUUUCCGACCCUGCUACCUCCGUCUCUGCAAGGUUCUUCGGGAGCGCCUAGGUGUUCGCUGUCUUCUUGGUCUUACAGCUACCGCCACUCUGAGUACAGCACAAGACGUUGCUCGCCACCUGGAAGUCCCAGAUGUUGAGGGCGUUCCAGUGCGCCUAGCUGCUGUGCCCCCAAACCUGCAUCUGUCUGCGUCUCUAGACCGGGAUCGGGACCAGGCUCUCGUCGCUCUCUUGAAGGCAGAACGGUUUGGGAGUUUGGACUCGAUAAUUAUAUAUUGUACACGGAGGGAGGAGACUCAGCGCCUGGCAGCCAUGCUGCGCACCUGUCUGCAGGGGGUUACUGUGACUAAAACAGCGGAUGAUGGUGGUGAUGCCUCACAGGACAGGAAGAAGAUUCAAGCCAGGAAGAAGAUUCGGCGACCGCUGAAGUGGAUGGCCGACUCGUAUCACGCCGGGCUAUCUUCUGCUGAGCGUCGCAGGGUGCAGAACAACUUCAUGAGCGGCCAGCUGCGGAUAGUUGCAGCCACAGUGGCUUUCGGGAUGGGUCUGGACAAGUCUGACGUCAGGGGGGUCAUCCACUAUAAUAUGCCCAAAAACUUUGAGAGUUAUGUCCAAGAGAUCGGAAGAGCCGGGCGCGAUGGCAAAGAUGCUCAUUGUCACUUGUUCUUGGACCCUGAGUCCCAGGAUCUGGACGAGCUUCGCCGCCAUGUCUACGCGGACUCUGUGGAUUAUUUCACACUGAAGAAGCUUGUGCAGAGGGUCUUCCUCAGGUGCAGGUGUCGUGAGCUGCAGAGUAAGCGGGAAGCGCUGAGCAGGGGCUGUGAGGUGGAUGAUUCUGAGAUGAUGGAUUUCCUGGAGCAGUGUGAAAGCGGAGAAGGGAAUACGCCAGUGGAGCGCUCCUGCCACCGACACGAGCGAGCCUUGCCUAUAGAGGAGACGGUGCAGGCGCUAGAUGUCCGAGAGGAAAGUAUUGAGACCCUUCUUUGUUAUUUGGAGCUCCAUGAAUUGCGCUGGCUGGAGCUUCUGCACCCCACACUGUCUACGUGUCGUGUUACCUGUUACAGUGGUCCUCAGCAACUCCGUGGUUUGGCCCGCAGCUGCCCCCCUGUGGCCGUUGCCCUUGCCCGUGAACGUAUUUCUGGAGUUGAUCACACACAUGUAAGCUCUGUGGAGUUCAAUGUAGUUGAGCUUGCAGACUCCAUGGGCUGGGAAAUUGUCCCUGUGAAGAGAGCGUUGCGAGGUCUGCAGUGGAAUUCAUCAGCCACAGGUGGAUUUCGAGGUACAGGCAAGAGUGGGGUGCUGGUGGAGUUCAGUAAGCUUUCCUUCCACUUUUGCUCUUAUGGUGACCUCACGAAUGAAGAGCUGGAGGAAGUCUGUGAUUUCCUUCACCAGAAAGUGACGUCACGAGAGGCGACUUCGCUGAGGCAGCUGAAUUCCUGUUACAAAGUGUUUUCUAGAGUUGCAUACAGGAGCAGUGGAGCAUGCGCAGAGAAGGUGAACCCUGAGCGCAGUGCACAGGUGAAGACGCUCAUCCUCAGCUACUUUGAGGGGAAUAAUCCACUGGAUGAGCCUGAGGAAGACCACUCUGCCGACGAGCUCAGUCAGUUGAAGGUUGAAGACUGGAAGGUGCAGGUCUGCAGUGAUGUUCGUCUUUUCCUCUCCAUUCACCAGGAAGAACGCUUUUCUGGUCGAGCUGUUGCUCGUAUCUUCCACGGGAUAGGCAGUCCGUGUUACCCUGCACAGAUUUAUGGAAGAGAUCGCAGAUUUUGGAGGAAAUACCUACACUUGGAUUUUAACAAAGUCAUGCAGCUUUGUAAGGAUGAAAUUAUUAGACUGAAAUAACUGUGGGGCAGCGUGGAGUGGUCCUGCUGAGCGGGCGGUGGAGUUCCGGGUGGUCUGCAGUGUUUUAUAGUCAUUAUAAGGCAGAAACUUUCUAUUUAUUUGUGUUAUUUCUAAUAA